GAUGAAUAUCACCGUCCGUGCAUUUCGAUGAUUUCGAUGGAUGUCAUAAUCAUCAUCCGCUUUGACAAGUGAAAAAGUGCGUUAUCGCGCAGUUGGAUUGUUGGGAAUGAUUAUCAUCGAUUUUUUGUUAAAGGCAUUGUGUUUUUCGAUACUCCAAGCAUGAGUGAGGAAUAUCUUCAACCUGUCCUGUCCUCUGAGGACCAAGAGAAUUUCCAGAAGUUGGAUACAACCUUUUUUGCUGCUGUCCCUUUGUUGUUUGGGGCUGUCCUGGAGAUAACUGGAAUAGUUUUCGUAUCACUGUGGCCAGAGGAGCGCAACAAAUGCGAGACGUAUUUCAUAUUCCUGUACCUUCACUGCUCCUACUGGCUGAUGAUAAUGAUCACCGACUACAUAAUCCGCACUAAACACCACAAUCUGCGAAUUUGCGGAUACCUGGAUUUUUAUCAGUCCACCUACCAGCACAUUCGGACUCCCCUAUUCAUAGCUUCACUCUGGAACACAGCGUACCUUCUACUAGCUGUUCUCCUCCAUCACACCCACAAGAUUGACUAUGAGGCGUAUUGUCGAUCCUCCGAGUGGUUUACACCAGUUAAUUAUGUCCUGCUGCUGACUACCCUGGAACUGAUGAUCAUUGUUCCCGUGUAUGUGAAUUAUAUAAAACGUGUGAGGCGAUUCAAUCGUACAAAACCUCCGCCUGACGUAACCAGAGAGGAAUGGCUGACGUCAUUCACUCAGGACUCAUACGCAGGUAGUACAGAAGUUGGUUACCAACAGAGAGGCUCAGACCUCACAGAACUCCUGGAGAAACAGGCUGAUCUGAUAAGGUAUCUCAGAGAUCAUAACGUUAAAUUGAGCCACCGUAUGAUGCUCCUGGCGACUCAACGUCGCCCUGAAUCUUAAAUUAAGCGAUAAUUCUCAAACUCCAAACGAUUUUACCCUCACUGCGUGAUUAACAAAUAAGUAUCGACUAACUUCAACGUGUGCUAUUUAUCAAUAUAUAAUACUGUAUCGAUUAAAAUUGAUGUGUGCAAAGGAUUUUUUUAAUAUUCGCGACUCGUUUUCAUCUAAAUUAUUACUCACAUUUCUUUAUAUUCUCAUGAAUUUUAUUUCAUCUGCUUAUGAAUCAUCUGUUCGAUUGAGCUGUCUUUUUGUUUUAUGAUUCAUCAACCUAAGGCCACCAACAUGUGUCAUCAAUUAUUUGAGAAUAACUUAAGUAUUACGAUUUAAUUUAAAAUAACGAGAGAGUUCAUGCCCUGGAAUUAGAAUAAUGAGGUUUAUACUGUGAUACGACUCUUGAAAAUUCAUAAAACUUUAUGUAAAUAAUAUAUGAUUUUACCAACUCAAUAAAAUAUAUAUUCAUUAUAUAUUUUCAAUGGUACAUUUGCUAAACACUAUUACAUUGUUUAUUAUAAUUUACGUCUUACAAUGAGUGCAUUAACUCUAAUUGGUGUAAAGUUACAACUAGGUCAAAUCCAAUUCCCUAAGAAUCACAUUUAACCCAAAAGCAUUCAUCUCUUUAUACAAAGUUUUUUGUUCUCUUUUUCAUUACAAAAUCGAUAGUUACAUAUCACUAAAACGAUCACCGAAUUACAUUAUUUGUAUCCGUAUUUCUAUUAUUAUCAUGGUAUUGUAACGCAACAGUGGAAAUAAAAUGAAACCACAAAUUGAAUAGUCUCCGGCAAUCGAAACACAUCUGUCAACAGUCUUUCGCAUUUUGUUAUCAUUUUUAUCUAGAAAAACGUUAUUGUUACAGACAUUUUAAUUCAACUGUACAAUCAAAGCCCUAUCACUAGUCUAUGAACAUUAACGUAAAGCUAGUGUUUCGGUUACUCUAUUUGAGGGGUUUAGACUUAAUUUGUUUUGAGUAAGCCUCUGGUUUCACUGGGUCAGCCCCAGGGGACUUCAUCAGGGUCAUUACAUGCUAACACCUUCACACUUCUAUUAUUACAACGCCAAUGAGCUCACAAUUCUCGCAUUUCUGCUCACAUUUCCUCCUUCUACGUUAUCAUUACAGGAGUACAGUGUUAGGCCUACGAGUGUUGUAUUUUUGUUAUUGUUUAUUGUCACAUGUCAGGAGGAAAUUGUCAGACUUUGAUGAUAUUUAUUUUUACCAUACCUUUACGAUUCUCUUUCUUUUUUUUACGCGGAUGAUAUCCAAGCGGAAGAGUUUAUGGUACCAACUUUUACAGCUUCCAUUUUAUUGCAUCUUUUAUUGUAAUAAAGCAUUUGAAUGACUCUUCAAACAAUUAACCGAGAAAACUAGCGCUUUUCCUCAGAAAUUCUCUUGAAUUUCCACGUCAACUCAGGGAUUAUCUGUCAAUUUAUUUUAUGAAAAGAUUCCACAGAACAAUUCCACUUGGAUAUACGAUAAAUCGGGGUCAUUGCAUCUAAAAAAAUCAGCUUUCAAAACAAACGUUUGGAAUUAAAAAA